CCGUUCGCCUGGCCGGGAAGGGGCUGACCUGGGUCUCCCCAGCGCCCAGGUUGCAGGACCCGCCGAGUCCCCUGGGCCUCCUUGAGCCAUGGAGAAGUUUGGCAUGAACUUUGGGGGUGGGCCGAGUAAGAAGGACCUUCUGGAGACCAUCGAGUUGCAGAAGCAGCAGCUGCUGCAGUACCAGCUGCGCCUGAAGGAUGUCGUCCGGGCCUACAAGAGCCUUCUCAAGGAGAAGGAGGCCCUGGAGGCCAGCCUGAAGGUCCUGUCGGUCUCGCACGAGGUGGACAGCGGCCUGAGCGGCAGUGGGCCUCCUGCCAGCCCAGAGCCCAGCGAGGACCGGAGCUCUGUGCACAGUGAAGACAGCGCAGGCACGGCGGCCAGCCUGGCCAGCAUCAAGGGUGACUUGGGUGGGGUGGCGGAGGGGGACGAGGAGGGGGAGGAGAGGGCAGUGGUGGCAGCAGCCUCUUCCUCCAAGUUGGAGGAGACCAGCAGCUCUGAGAGCGGUGUCAGCUCCAGCAGCGGGGACUUGUCUGUGGCCGCCGGGUCCGGCGAAGUGGACAAGAGGCUUCUCCAGCUGAAGACCCAGCUGGCCACGCUGACUGGCGCCUUGGCCACCGUCACCCAGGAGAAGUCCCGCAUGGAGGCCUCCUACCAAGCCGACAAGAAGAAGGUGAAGCAGGCGAGGGAGGAGGCCAGCCAGAAGGCCGAGGAGGAGGCGCGCCGCCUUGAGGCGGCGCUGGUGGAAGCCCAGCAGCAGCUGGCCGAGACCAAAGCCCGGCUCAUCACCCAGCAGCACGACCGAGCCCAGGAGCAGAGCGACCAUGCUGUCAUGCUGCGGGAGCUGCAGAGGCUGCUGCAGAGCGAGAGGGACCUGCGGCAGGAGGCGGAGCGGGGCCUGGAAGAGGCCCAGGAGGCCCUGGCCGGGAAAGCGUGUGCAGCCGAGCGGGCGGAAGGCUCUGAGCGCCAGGCCAGGCGCCUCGGCCGAGAGGUGGAGGAGCUGAGCAGGGAGCUGCAGGCCCUGCGGGAGGAGAGCAGCCGGCCCGACCCCCAGCUGAGGGAGCUGCGGGCCGAGAUGGCCAGCCUCAGGAGCCACGUCCAGGCCCAGCUGCUGCAAGAGAGGAGGAAGACGGCUCAAGCCGAGGAGCGUGUUCAAACGGAGGAGCAGCGCGUUGCCAGCCUGGAGGCCCAGAUUUCAGAGGUGUCUGAGCUCCUGGGCACCUACGAGAAGGCCAGGCAGAAGGACCAAACGGCCAUUCAGAAGCUGAAAGAGCGCGUCGUCCAGCUGGACGUCGAGAACAAGACGCUGGCUCUCGCCGCCUCUGGCCGCUCCCCUGUGGAUGUCGCCGUGGAGGAGAGCCGCCUGGAUGUCAACGUGCUGAAAGAGAAGAUGGAGACGCUGAGGAAGCUGCUGCAGCUGGCGGCCCAGGGCAGCCCCACCCCGCAGGACCUGGAGGCCGCCUACAAGAUGGAGGCCGGCGACGGGGAAAAGGCCACCGCAGCCUACUACCAGCACGAGCUGAGGCAGCUGAAGGAGGAGUUCGAAAGGUACAAGCAGAGGGCUCAGGUGGUCCUCAAGAACAAGUCGGCCAAGGACGGGAGCCUGGCCAAGGAGCUGGAGGAGGCCCGGGAGCAGCUGGCGGAGCUCAAGGAGACGUACGUCUCCCUCCGGCUCUCCUGCGAGGACGUCGCCCAGCAGCACCAGGCGGCCAUGGAGGGCAAGCGGCAGGAGGUGUCCCGCCUCCAGCAGCUCCACAGGCAGGAGAUGGAGCGGGCCCAGGGCGACUACCGGGAGAAGGUCCUCCAGCUGGAGGGGGAGAUGCACAAGCAGCGGGGCCGAGCGCUGGCCCUUGUGGCCGAGAAGGACCAGGAGCUGGAGCAGCUGAGAGCUCUGGCCGCGCCCUACGGGCUCCAGGGGGCAAAGCAGUGCCCUGGGCCGGGCCCUCGCAGCGGCAGUAGCAGCAAGGAUGUGGCCGGCGGCGGCGGCAGCCCUCUGGAGCACCUGACAGAGGCCCUGCCCCUGGCUGCCCCCAGCGAGCCCGCCUUCCUCCUGUACACGGAGCAGCUGGGCCGCAAGGAGGUGGAGGUCUCGGCUCUGAAGAAGCAGCGGCACCAGCUGGAGGCGGAGGUCCGGCGGUUGCAGGAGCGGCUGCUGGAGGAGGGCGAGCGGCAGGCGGAGCAGGUGUCUGCGCUCCAGAGCCGCCUCCAGAAGACCUGCCGGGACCAGCGCAGGGAGGGGGCCAACCUGGAGUACCUCAAGAACAUUUUCUACAGGUUCCUCACAUUGACAGACCUGCUGGGUCGGCAGCAGACGCUGACGGCCAUCUUGACUAUUCUGCAUUUUAGCCCUGAGGAGAAGCAGGCCGUCCUGGGCUGCUCAGGCAGCAACAGCUGGUGGCAUUCGGGGAAGAGAUGAAGCCGGCGUGGGGAGGGGGCCGCCUGCCUGCCUGCCUGCCUGCCUGCCUUCCCUCCUGGGCCCCCUCUGUGUCUGGAGGAGUGCUGGGACUUCUGUGCCCGUGCAGGGAGGCCGUGGGGACCAAGCGCCAGCGGGCGCCUGCGAGCAGACCUCCUGCCGCUGUGUUUGGCAGCGGUGCUGUAUGAGUCGGGGGCAGGGGGGCCUCUGCAGCAGGGAUCGGGAUGAACUUGAGGUGUCUGUUUUUUCCAAAAAGUGCUUCGGUUAGGAAACUGGUGCAUUUUUAAUCAAGUAUUUUUGUGGGGGUUUGUUGCCAAAUCUGGAACGGAAAUUCCAAUGGACUGUGGGUGGUAUUUCCCCCCCUUCUCUGAAGGCUUCCAAGGAGCUGCAAAUAAAAUAUCAGCAACUGA